GAACAAGAACGUCCAAUGAGAAAGACGCACCUUUCUCCCAGAUUUGGCGCUACUCUGCCGUCUGAAACACUUUUUUUCUCGAAAGAAAAUGGAAGGGAGCAACCACCCCGUCAACUUGCUCGCUUCUUCACUAUAUACUCCCGAAACAACUUUCACAUCUCUAACCCAUCCCUUCAGCUUUCACCUUUCGUCUUCUCUAACCAAUCCUACCUCCUCCUUCUCCCAUGGCCUCAAUCGCUUACGGUUCGAACCUCCCCUUGCUUCGCCAGAAGCAGAUUGGCGGCGUUGGACUGAACCCCGUCUUUGCUGCUCAGAGGCCGCUUGUCCUUCCGAAGAGCUCCGUGGCAUUUGAUAACAAGUCGAGAAGCUUUUCGCAGACGCGGCAUUCCGGUUUCCGAGGCACACGCGCCGCAACGGAGGUUGUGGAUGAUCGGAUUGUAGAGAAGGAGGACAGCGUUAAGGAGAAAGGCAGGGUUCUGAGAGUCGGUCUCGUUUGCGGUGGUCCGUCCGCGGAGCGUGGAAUUUCGCUCAACUCUGCGAGAUCGGUUCUUGAUCAUAUACAGGGAGAUGACCUGCAUGUGAAUUGCUAUUACAUUGAUUGCAAUCUCAACGCGUUUGCAAUAUCCUCUGCUCAGGCAUACUCAAACACUCCUGCUGAUUUUGAUUUUAAACUUGAAAACCUCGCACAAGGUUUCCGAUCUUUAUCUGAAUUUGCGGAACAUCUUGCUGCAUCUGUGGACAUAGUGUUCCCUGUUAUACAUGGCAGAUUUGGUGAAGAUGGUGGCAUUCAGGGGCUUUUGGAAGAAUAUAAUAUUCCAUUUGUUGGCACAGGAUCAAUUGAGUGUCUCCAAGCAUUUGACAAGUAUGAUGCCUCCUUGGAGCUCAGUAAACAGGGAUUCAUAACAGUACCUAGUUUUUUAGUGCAGGGAAGUGUAAGGGAUGAAUCUGAACUACCAAAGUGGUUUUCUAGAAAUCAGCUGGACCCUUACACUGGGAAAGUAGUGGUAAAACCAACGAGAGCUGGAUCAAGCAUUGGCGUUAAAGUUGCAUAUGGUGUGCAUGAUUCUUUGACAAAAGCUAAUGAAAUCAUUUCAGAGGGAAUUGAUGAUAGAGUCGUCGUUGAAAUAUUUCUUGAAGGAGGGAGUGAGUUUACAGCCAUUGUCCUUGAUGUGGGGUCUGGUUUGGAUUGCCAGCCUGUUGUACUACUGCCAACUGAGGUAGAGCUUCAAUUCCAUUGCAGUGGUGAUGCAAGAGAAAAGGAUGCAAUUUUCAAUUACCGAAGGAAGUAUCUUCCAACACAGCAGGUUGCUUAUCACACUCCACCUCGCUUUCCUAUAGAUGUAAUUGAGAGUAUCAGAGAAGGAGUGGCUUUGUUAUUCCAAAGGCUUCAUCUACGUGAUUUUGCUCGAAUUGAUGGAUGGUUUUUGCCUAAUUCUGUUCGUAUGUUGUCAUCUUCUGAAAGCAAAUUUGGAAGGACUGAAUCGGGUAACAUAAUAUUUACUGAUAUUAACCUGAUAAGUGGAAUGGAGCAGACCAGUUUUUUAUUUCAACAAGCUUCAAAGGUUGGAUUUUCUCAUUCGAACAUUCUUCGGACCAUUAUUUACCGUGCUUGUAUGCGGUUUCCCAAUCUUGCAUCAUUCAGCAGGGGAUCAAGUCAUUUGCCUAGAAGAUUAAAAUCUUCUCAGAUUAGUGAAGUAUUUUCUAAUAGUAAAAGAACCCGCAAAGUUUUUGUCAUUUUUGGAGGGGCUACAUCUGAGCGACAAGUGUCACUUAUGAGUGGAACAAAUGUUUGGCUCAAUUUACAAGCUUUUGAUGAUCUUGAAGUAACUCCAUGUUUGCUUGCCCCCACAAGUGAAAAUUCCUCUAAUGCGGAUUCAAACGAGGAAAGUGAUGUUAACUCCAGAACUGUUUGGUCAUUACCUUAUUCUCUUGUGCUAAGACACACAACAGAGGAAGUGAUUGCUGCAUGCAUAGAGGCAAUUGAACCAGCUCGGGCUGCACUGACAUCUCAGUUGCGGAACACAGUAAUAAAUGAUCUCAUGGAAGGUUUAACAAAACAUGGUUGGUUUACAGGGUUUGAUAUUGCUGAUGAUCCACCUGUGAGAUUUUCUUUGAGGGAAUGGAUCAAGCAAGCCAAGAAAGUUCAAGCAACGGUUUUUAUUGCAGUGCAUGGAGGUAUUGGUGAAGAUGGUACACUUCAGGCUUUGUUGGAAGCUGAAGGGGUUUCUUAUACAGGCCCUGGAGUGAUUGCUUCGAAGACUUGUAUGGACAAAGUCACAACAUCUAUUUCUCUUAACCAUCUUGCAACCUCGGGAGUCCAUACCAUAAAUAAAGAUGUUCGGCAAAAAGUGGAUCUCCUGAACAUGCCCAUACUAGAUACAUGGCAUGAUUUGACCUCAAAGAUUCAGUGUGAAACAUUAUGUGUAAAACCAGCAAGGGAUGGUUGUUCAACUGGGGUUGCAAGAUUAUGCUGUGCGAAGGACCUUGAAGUGUAUGUGAAAGCAUUGGAGGACUGCCUUCUUCGGAUUCCUUCUAAUAGUUUGUCAAAGGCACAUGGAAUGAUUGAGAUGCCAAAUCCUCCUCCAAAUCUAUUGAUCUUUGAACCUUUUAUCGAGACAGAUGAGAUAAUUGUUUCAUCCAAAUCCAUGAAUGAAAAUGGGCAUCACCUUAUGUGGAAAGGACACAGUAGAUGGGUGGAAAUAACAGUCGGUGUUGUUGGAAAAUGUGGAUCAAUGCGCUCAUUGAGUCCCAGUGUUACUGUCAAGGAGAGUGGUGAUAUCCUAUCACUAGAGGAGAAAUUCCAAGGUGGGACUGGCAUCAAUCUGACUCCACCCCCAUUAUCAAUUGUUAGUAAAGAUGCCUUGGAGAGAUGUAAAGAAUGUAUCGAACUGAUUGCAAACACUCUGCAACUGGAAGGAUUUUCAAGAAUUGAUGCAUUUGUCAAUGUUGACAGCGGGGAGGUGUUGAUCAUAGAGGUUAAUACGGUACCCGGAAUGACGCCUUCUACUGUUCUAAUCCAUCAGGCACUAGCAGAGGAACCGCCCAUGUAUCCUCGCCAGUUCUUCCGUUUGCUGCUUGAUUUGGCUUUAGAGCGAUCCACUUGAACCUCCCACUUUUGUUUUUUACCAGAAACUUUAUUCAUGUUUUUGUUUAUUUUUGUUGAACCAGUGACUAUAAGAGAGCAAGUGUCCAGUGUUAAGAAAA